CGCAAUCAAUUUGCGGGACGAAGGUCGUGUCUGCGGGACGAUUGCGGGACGCCGGUAUGAUCCUGGAGCACCGCAUAGCAACUCCGUAGCAGUUGCAUCAGCCAUUCCAGAAAAGGCAUCGACUUAUGUCGAUGCUUAAAUCUACAUUGCCAUGUCAUGGCUCUGUGUCCAGGAGCGCGAACCGUCAAGCCACUUCCAGGUAACCAGGAAAUUUCACCAGUAACACAAGCAGCACGCAUAUGUCUAUGGGAAGCAUGGCGGUCACUACAUCCAUCUUAUCAUUUGAGACAAGACAGCGUAUCGAGAGCGACAAAUUGAGACAUUGCCGUGGGAAAGCCCAAGGAAAGCUUCUUUUCGCAGAACGACAUGUUAGAAUCAUCUGCAUUGGAGCAGGAGCCUCGGGCCUAUGCUUCGCGUACAAGUUGCAAAGGUCAUUUCGAAAUUUCACCCUGAAUAUCUAUGAGAAGAACGAGGAUCUAUCUGGGACAUGGUUUGAGAACAGAUACCCAGGAUGUGCCUAAUGUGCCCGCCUCACAACUAUACAUACUCAUGGGGACCAUCACCGACCUAUAGCGCCGUCUAUGUCUCUUCCCAGGAGCUUUACCAGUACUUCAAGAACUUUCGCGCGAAACACCGACUCGAGAAGUAUAUUCAUCUGCAACACAAAGUGGUCGGUGCCACCUGGGACGGAAAAGCAUGGAAAGUCCAAGUUGAAGAAGUCCAAACUGGUCGCUUGGUCGAUGCAGAGUGCGAUAUACUCAUCAACGCCAACGGCAUUCUCAACAAUUGGAAUUGGCCUGACAUCCCAGAUCUGGACAAGUUUCAAGGAAAGCUAUUGCACAGUGCCAACUGGGAUACAACUGUGUCGUUGGAUUACAAAUCCGUCGGGUUGGUUGGUAACGGAUCGUCCGGCAUUCAAAUCCUACCUGCAAUCCAACCUAGAGUCAAGAAACUGACCACUUUCAUCCAGGGCUUGACCUAGGUCCCACCGAGUCCUAGUCUUCAACAACACAUUACACACCUUCCGAGAAGGCCGUCUUCUCUUCUUCCCCUUCCACCCUCCGCGCCCUCCGCAAGCUGAACGAAACUUCGACCAGUUGUCUGUUUGGUACUUUCGUCAAGAACUCGGCGACUCAACAUGAUACCCGCACCGACCUCACCCAACAGAUGCAGAGUCGCCUCAACAAUCCCCAAUUGGCUUCCGCUCCGAUCCCGUCUUGGUCACCCGGCUGUCGCCGCCUCACUCCCGACGUCAACUACCUCGAAUCUUUGACAAAACCCAACGUGCAGGUCUGUCUGGGUGGGAUCCGCAGCGUCACCGAAACAGGCGUGGUAGGACCAGCCGGCGCCCAUCCCGACUUGGACGUUCUGAUAUGCGCCGCGGGUUUCAAUGUCUCCUUUCGUCCUCGUUUCCCCGUCAUCAAUGAGGAUGGCACAAAUCUGCAAGAUUUGUGGGCAAAGGACCCCGGAUGUUAUUUCGGCACCGCCGUCGCUGAUAUGCCCAACUACAUGUUGUUUCUCGGUCCCAAUUGCCCGGUCGGCGACGGUCCUCUGUUGCCCGUGAUUGAGACUCAAGCCGAUUACACGUUGAAAUGGAUCGACCGAUGGCAGACUGAAAACAACAUGCUCUGUUUCCACCCGGAAGCGGCCGCCGUGGACGAAUUCGUGGACCACGUCGACACCUACAUGCCCAACACCGUGUGGACCGAAGGGUGCAGGUCGUGCUACAAAAGUGAUGUCAACGGCAGGGUGGUGGCGCCGUGGCCGGGAAGUUCUCUCCAUUUCAUGGAAACCACGCAGGAGGUCAGAGGGGAUGACUGGAACAUCGAGUACCGAGGCAACAGGUACAGUUGGAUGGGUAAUGGUUAUAGUUCCCCCGGACCCCCGUUCACCGCGGGACCUUUUGCCUGCCUCCCGCAAUCCGUACCGGUCUAGUAGAUUUGCGCGUGGGCCACGAGAAGCGGUAGCGGUUGGUUUACCGGUGCAUGUACGGCCGCGUGCGACGAUGUGCCCCAAGGCCAAGGGGUUGUAUAUCGACAUGAAAAUUAACGGUUGGUGACAAUCAUGGAUCCUGAAGCUUGGAAGCACCUUUGGCGGUUGCAAGUGGUUAAGAUCUGAUGUCCUGUUGACAGCUCGGUGCUACCUUUGGUAUCUGGACAUGUUGGCCUGUCAACCAUCAUCAAGGCGCAGUGGACAACCAGCAAGUCCCCCUUGUUGGCGACUAUUUCUUUGCCUGGUCGUUGGAGGAACGGCAGGACAGGUUGAAUAAAGAGGGGGUUUCUGACUUCUGAUACGACGGACGUUGUGUGUGUCAGGCUGUGUUUCAAGGGACCCCCCCCC